ACACGCUCUCUCUGACAUCAGCCCCCCCUCAGUGUGGGAGUGGUGCUGCCGGUCGGGUGGGACGGGCCAGUGCGCUCACGGUCCUCCUCCUCUCUGGAUGAGCCGACGGGAUCGCCAGGUCAUAUCCCAAUCCCCCUCUCUGCAGCUCGGGCCGCUCUCCCCUCCGUCUCUCUCCCAUUUCCACUGGGGGAUCUUUACUUCCCCUCGAACAGGAAUUACCUCUGCGCCAACGGCAAUGUGUCCAAUACGAUUCCGAAUGCGGUCUUGUGCUGUAGCGAACAGAGGGAGGUAGAGCGCCAAGAUUGCGGGAAUCACUGAAAAGGCCGGGCUCAAAAAUCGGGGACUAGAGCGCGACAGCGAAGACGCUUCGGGAAUUUGAGGAAGGCGUGUUUUUCCCCGGCGCCCGGAAGGCGAAUCCCAGCCCACAGAACUCAGACGGCGCGUUGCCGCAGGAGGGAGGGCCACGCCCGCAUAGCCCGGCAGCGGCACCGCUAAAAUGGCCGACCCGUACCAGAACAGCGUGUACCAGCAGGGCGGGGACAACACCUACUCCACCUUCGGCGAUGGCGGCCCGGACGGCUACGGCUACGGCGGCGGCAGCGAGUACCCGGCGCAGGACGAGGACGCGGCCAGCGACGCCACCGAGGGCCACGACGAGGACGACGAGAUGUACGAGGGCGAGUACCAGGGCAUCCCGCACCCCGAGGAGGUGAAGGCGGCCCAGCGGGCGGCGCGGGCGGCCCAGCGGGAGAAGGCCCGGGCCGCCGGGGAGGGCGGCGCCCGCCAGGAGCGGGAGGAGCUGGCCGACCAGUACGAGGCCAUCAUGGAGGACUGCGGGCACGGGCGCUUCCAGUGGACCCUGUUCGUGGUCACCGGCCUGGCGCUCAUGGCCGACGGCGUGGAGUGCUUCGUGGUGGGCUUCGUCCUGCCCAGCGCCGAGAAGGACAUGUGCCUGUCCAACGCCAACAAGGGCAUGCUGGGGUUGAUAGUGUACGUGGGGAUGAUGGUGGGGGCGUUCGUGUGGGGCGGUCUGGCGGACGCGGUGGGCCGCAGGAAGUGUCUGAUCAUGGCGCUGGCCAUCAACUGCGUCUUCGCCUUCCUGUCGUCCUUCGCCCAGGGCUACGGCUUCUUCCUGUUCUUCAGGCUCUUCUCGGGCAUCGGCAUCGGGGGCUCAGUCCCCAUUGUGUACUCCUAUUUCUCUGAGUUCCUCUCCAUGGAGAAGAGGGGCGAGCACCUGUGCUGGCUCUGCAUGUUCUGGAUGGUGGGCGGGCUCUACGCCUCAUUCACUGCCUGGGGCAUCAUCCCUCACUACGGAUGGGGCUUCAGCAUGGGCACGGAGUUCCAGUUCCACAGCUGGCGCGUGUUUGUGCUGGUGUGCGCCCUGCCCGCCAUCGCCGCCCUGGUGGGACUGACCUUCAUGCCAGAGAGCCCCCGCUUUCUGCUGGAGAAUGCCAAACAUGACGAGGCCUGGAUGAUCCUGAAGAAGGUUCAUGACACCAACUGGAGAGCAAAGGGGGAGCCAGAGAGAGUGUUUACGGUCUCCCAAAUCAAGACACCCAAGCAGCAGGACGAGUUUAUCGAGAUCCAAAGCUCCACAGGAACAGCCUUCCAGCGAUGGUUGGUCAGGUCUCUGACCUUAUCCAAGCAGGUGAUAAAGAACAUCAUUUCCCUUGCAUCCCCAGAACUGAGACUCAGCAGUUUGUUCAUGGCCAUCAUAUGGUUCACUAUGGCCUUCAGCUACUAUGGGCUGUCCGUGUGGUUCCCUGACAUGAUCAAGUACCUGCAGUACGAGGAGUAUGAGGCCAAGGUGAAGCUCUUCCACCGGGAGAAGGUGGAGCACUUCACCUUCAACUUCUCCCUGGAGAACCAGAUCCACAAAGAGGGAGAGUACAUAAACGACAAGUUCACCGGCAUAGAGAUGAAAUCUGUGAAAUUUGAGGAUUCUCUGUUUGAAGAUUGUUACUUUGAGGACAUCAAGUCGACCGAAACCUUCUUUGAGAACUGCACCAUCAAAUCCACAGUCUUCUACAAUACAGACCUGUCAGAGGACAAGUUCAUUGACUGCAAGCUGGAGAACACAUCGUUCCUGCAGCCCAAGAAAGGCUGUCACCUGGACUACCAAGAGGAGAAUGACAUCCUCAUCUACCUUGUCAGCUUCCUGGGCAGCUUGGCUGUGUUGCCCGGCAACAUCAUAUCAGCCCUCUACAUGGACAAGAUAGGGAGGGUAAAAAUGAUUGGCGGCUCCAUGCUCAUAUCCGCCGGCUGCACCUUCUUCCUCUUCCUCAGCUUUAGCCAGGCCGCCAUCAUCGCCUGGCAGUGCCUGUUCUGCGGGGUCAGCGCAGCGGCCUGGAACGGCAUCGAGGUCAUCACCGUGGAGCUGUACCCCUCGUCCAAAAGGACCACGGCGUUCGGAAUGCUGAACGCCCUGUGCAAGCUGGCCGCCAUCUUGGGCAGCUCCAUCUUCGCCUCCUUCGUGGGCAUCACCAAGGUGGUCCCCAUCCUGCUGUCCUUCGCCGCGCUGGUGGGUGGCGGCCUGCUCGCCCUCAAGCUGCCCAACACCCGAGAGAAGCUCCUCCUCUGAGAGGCAGAGCGGAAGUCAAAGGUCAAGGCUGGGCGUGGGUCAAAGGUCACGGCCGAGCAAAAAAGACUGACGCGCACCAGAGGAGCGGUAUCCAAUCAGCAAGGGGCCUCAGAAUCAUCGCCGCACGCGCCGUUAUUUUACCCUGCUUCACACUUACAUCAUAAAUUCAUUUUAGUCACGCCCCACCCCACCCCAGCUCUCCUUGUUGUAGUAGCUAUAGAACCUAAUUGCUAUGUCUUUUCUCACUGAAUCGCUCAUCACCAAGCACACGUUUGUGUUCAAAUCUAUGAGUUUUCAUAACUGAAAGUUAGCGAUUAUAAACCGAUACAUUCCGAUUCAGUGGUCCAGUCUGGGCAGAGGAUCUGUUUAUUGUUAUGUUGUGUGUGUAAAGUCGUAAGCGGGUCGAGUUUGUCUCUCACCGAGCCGUUAGCCAUACAAACUGGGUCUUGGGGGAAAAGAGGAGACUCUUUUUUAAACUACAAGCCAUCGUUGUCCAUCACUGGGCUGCUAGGACUCGAGCCAUAUUGCUGAAGUCAGUUAGUCUUCUUUGUGCUUCCUGUCUGUACACCCUUAAUGGCAUGGUCACGCUUCUGUUGUGUGUUCAUCGAGCUCGUUUUAGACUUUCUUUCUUUUUCUAUGGAAGGCGGCCAUUUCGCGACUUGCUGUGCCGAGAACGGCUGUGUCUGUGGGCGCUUUGAAUAUUUCCCGUGUGCUUGUAGUUGUUGGUUGCCACAGCUUUCUUUUCGUCGAGCGUGGAGCUACAUUUCCACGCCCUUAUCCCGUUUAACACACCUGUGUCGUGUCGUGUUGCCUGCAACUUAAUGUGGUCGAAGGAACCUCACCAUGGCGACAGUCGUUCUUACUUUUCUGGCUUUUGUGGUGAUGCAGUCCCAUCACCUGUGUGUCUGUUAACUCACAAAAUCAAACAGAAAAAAGCGUAACUUAUUUGAGGAGAGAAAUUAAGAGGAAUUUAUUGUUCCUGACAACCUUUAACUGCUUCUGAAAUGAGAGGUACUAAUAUUUCAGAGAAGCGCAGAAGCGUUUUUAAAAAAUGACCACUGAUAGAGAUGCAUGUGUGUUAUAACUAAACAAUCUUUGUGUCCUUUUAAAUGUAUGUUAUUGAAAAAAGAAAGGAAAACAUAGUCUGAAUGGUAUUUAAUGUCCAUCUCAUUGUAAAUAAACAUACCAGUUACUUGAGUUUGAAUUAAGAUUUAAAGCAUUACAGUCUGGAAAGAAUCCAUUGUCAUUCAAUGAAAAACAGCCCACAGCUCUCCUGUGUCCAAGAAAUACUGUGUGAUGUCAGUUAUUCACAUCAUAUGAGAACUAUUCAAGAAAAGGUUGUAUAAAUAUUAUGAUGCUUGGAACUCAAAUAUAAUUUACUAGUUCUAAAGGAGUAUAGCUAAUAGAAGUAAAGGUAAAUCUUGAGAAACCAGUUUCAUUUUGACUAGGAUUCUUAUUCUAAGCAAAUAUUAGACAAUCAUAUUAUCUGAAAUGCGAAGGUUUCAGCACAAAUAACCACAUGUUUAAUAAAGCUAGUGCGCUCCUCUCCACACAAACUAUAGAGCCGGGUGUGGGAGAAGCUGCCAAUAUUUAGCCUCACCCGAAAACGGACAUGCGGAGGGACACCAGAACAAACAUCAGGCUUUCUCAAGCAUCAGUCUCAACACAGCAACCAGGAACUGGUUUUACAUGUACUGUUCAGAGUUUGAGUUGUGUCUAAUAUGUCGUGUAUGAAAAGCCAUAAUGUUGUUCUUUGUUUUUUUUAAAUAUUUUCAUUUAAAAUGAAAAUGAUUCUGACUGUCAACGGCCUGGAUACAUGGUCUGAAAGUGUCAUUAAUGUUUUAUUUUUUGGUUUGUCUGUGAUGGUAAAAAUAAAAACUAAAAAAAUUCAGAUCAAUAAA